GGGAAGUUCAUUGCGUUGUUUUUCUCAUCGCUCACGAACUCCAUUGGCUUUAUUAGCACUUUACGGCAUCACGAUGAACGUCUCCACCAAUCACAGCUCAGUGCGCACGAUGCGCGCGCCAAGUGCAAACCCCAACGCCGAGAAUUCGCCUUUUUUUCUAAAGGGGCGUAUUUUCCUUGCCAAUUUAAUUACAAACCAACAUUCAAUGCACACGAUACACUCUGCAAUAAUGUCAGGCGCCUAUUUGAAACACUUAGGUACCCUGUCAAGGUGAUAGCGUUGUGUAAACAUCCAGGAUGUUUGCUUAGGAGCGUUUUUGUGGGAAGUCUCGUCAAUGGAGGCUUGAGGAAGCCCGUCUCGCUACAGAAGAGGACGCUGUCGCCCCUGGAUAUGACCGGCAUUCCCUGUCGUUACGAGCGAUCGAUAAAAGAGUACCUACGACCAUUCAUAUUUGACGAUUUAUAUAGAAGUCAUCUCCAAUGAGGAAGCUAAGGAAACGAGUUGCUCAGUCCCGAGCUGGAGGCUUUGGGAGGGGAUUGGUCAGAGAAGAGGAUCAGGAUCAAGUUGGUCCAUCCAGCCAUGUUGACAUGGAUGCUCUACUCUGUCCACCUUCUCCAUGCAGACUGAACUUCUCUCCAACGAGAGACACACUCACAUAUGCACAGGCUCAGCGGAUGGUGGAGAUCGAGCUGGAGGGAAGACUCCACCGUAUCAACAUCUGCGACCAGCUCUCUGUCGUAACAGAGGACGAGAUGCUGGCUCAGGAUCUGACAGAGUGCAACAGCAACAAAGAGAACAGCGAGCAGAGGCAGGGAAACAAGCAAGCUGCAUCUAAAAGCAAAAAGAAAGAUGGCAAACACACAGCCAAAAAGAAAUCAGGUGGUCAGUAUGGUUUGCAGGGGCAGGUUGCACAUUUACAAGCCCCCCUGCCCAAGCCAACAUUUCGUAAAUUGGACAAUUUCACAGUCUCAGAUGCUCCCCCGCUUCCAGUGGCUUAUUACCGCUAUAUGGAGAAGUCCGGGGAGGAGCUGGACAAUGAGGCUGAGUACGACAUGGACGAGGAGGACAUGGCUUGGUUAGAGAUGGUCAAUCAGAAGCGUGUGUCUGACGGCCACGCUUCGGUUCCUCCUGAUACAUUUGAGUUACUGAUUGACCGUCUUGAGCGAGAAUCCAUUUUAGAGUCCCGCAGCCAAGCGUUGUCCCAGAGCACCAUUGAUGAGGAUGCCUACUGUUGUGUUUGCCUUGAUGAUGAGUGUCUCAAUAGCAACGUCAUCCUGUUUUGUGACAUCUGCAACCUCGCCGUGCACCAGGAAUGUUACGGGGUGCCUUACAUCCCUGAGGGCCAGUGGCUGUGCAGGCGAUGUCUGCAGUCCCCGUCCCGACCCGUCGAUUGUGUCCUCUGUCCAAACAGAGGGGGUGCAUUCAAACAAACCAGCGAUGGAAGUUGGGCCCACGUCAUCUGUGCCAUAUGGAUCCCUGAAGUGUGCUUUGCCAACACUGUGUUCCUGGAGCCUGUGGAGGGAGUGAAGAACAUUCCUCCUGCGCGGUGGAAGCUCACCUGUUACCUGUGCAAACAGAAAGGCAGGGGCGCGUCUAUUCAGUGCCACAAAGCCAACUGCUACAGGGCGUUUCACGUCACCUGUGCGCAGAGAGCGGGUCUGUAUAUGAAAAUUGACCCAGUGCGGGAGACCGGCACCAAUGGCACCACUUUUACUGUGAAGAAGACUGCUUAUUGCGAAAACCACUCACCUCCUGGCACGGGAACAGAGGGGUAUGAAGAUAACGGGUUGGUUGGGGGCAGGGGUAACAGAGGUCAGAGGUCGUACACAUUAGGCCCUCCGCUGCAGCAGAACCAGAACGGGAGGAAAAAAGGGUCAGCAGCACAACAGAAGAAAACGCAGAAGAACUCAGGCGGAGGCUCACGAAAAACAGGAGUCCCACUUCUGCUAGUGCCGCAGAUACCAUCCUUUAGGCUGAACAAGAUUUGCACAGGAGUCUCUGUUGAAAGGAAGAAUCAGUUUAUGCAGAGGCUCCACAAUUACUGGCUGCUAAAGCGUCACUCUCGUAAUGGCGUGCCGCUCAUCCGCCGGCUCCAUUCUCAUCUGCAGGCCCAGAAGUCUGAGCAGAGAGAACCAGAUGCAAAGUUGCAGGCGGUCAGGGAAGAGCUGAAGUAUUGGCAGAAGCUUCGCCAGGACCUGGAAAAAGCCAGACUUCUUAUUGAGCUCAUACGAAAGAGGGAGAGACUCAAAAGAGAACAGAUGAAACUUCAGCAGGCUGCACUAGAGCUUCAGCUCACCCCUGCGCUGGUGUUUCUGCGCGCUACACUGGAGCAGCUGAAGGAGAAAGACACUGAUCACAUUUUCACCACACCAGUCAAUUUGAAGGAGGUUCCAGAUUAUCUUGAGUUUGUGACUGUGCCAAUGGACUUCUCUACGAUGCAUGACAAGCUGGAGGCUCAUAAAUACUCAUCAGUGGCAGACUUGGAAAACGAUUUCAAUCUCAUGGUAUCCAACUGUCUGAGGUACAACUCCAAUGAUACAGUGUUCCACAAAGCGGCUAUGCAGCUCAGAGAGGUGGGCGGAGCCAUCCUAAGACACGCCCAACACCAGGCGCUCAGCAUAGGCCUGGAUCCAAGCACAGGCAUGCAUCUGCCAGACAAGCCCAUCCCACAUAACACCACUGUCUCCUGGUGUGAUGAAGUUGACAUGCUUUUGGACCCUGACAAUCGUGUGCACAUGUGUGCUGAGGACCAGCUGAAAACACUGCUGGACAAGCUGGAUUUGGUGGCAUCUAUGAGGACAAGUGGAGGCCGCACAAAACGCAUGCGCCUGCUGCGCAGAGAAAUCAACAGCCUUCGCCAUAAGAUCAGCCACCAGGAUCGCAACUCACGACUGCUGAAUGGGAAAAUUAGAGAGGAGAAGAGCAAAGAUGCCAAGAGUGAGAAGAAGAUGGAUUACAUAACCUCAGAAGACCCCAAGAAGUCAGCAUCACAGAAAGCGCAAGAACCCGCUUGCCCAGCCUCUUCACCUUUACCUGGCGAUGCUCCACCAAAUCCACCUUUAUUCUGCCUCGAGACAGGACGAACCACCACUCCAGCACAGUCAAAUAAACCUGGAAGCAGGAAACAGAGGGCAAAAGGCAAAGACAGAAGCCUGAGAGAAAACCACAAUCAGACCCCAAAAGAAGACGAGAACUUCCACACAAAAGAGAACGACAGCAGCCCUCAGGAGGACAGGGUUUGUUCUGCAAAGAACCAGUCUGAUUCGCCCAAGAUUGGUGUGGGUCGUCGCACAUCGAUCCUCUUCAAGAAAGCUAAAAAUGGAGCCAGGCCGACUAAAGACAAGCCUGUUUUAUUGCCAAAUGGAGUCAGCAAAGCUCAGAAUGGUGCAUCACAGGAGCAAAACACGCAAGCUAAAGCACCAUCAACCCCAAAACCAGUCUCUCCGUCCCCUCACCAGCUGAGAUCCAGAGGACUGAGCACAUGCUCGGAUGGUGAAGGCAUGAAGGCCAACAGUCUGCCAGAAGAGAAUGGCCUCACAAAUGGACUCAAGAGACACAACGGCAACUCAUCAGAUUCUGAAAACUCCACUCCUGCCUUCCCAACACACAGUUCAUCUCCUCCAAAGCGCAGUCGUGGUAAACCAGCCCUCAGCAAAGUUCCUGUAGAUGAGGAGAAGAAUGAAGUUACUAAUACAAACAGUGAAGCUUCUCAAAAUGAUGGUGAGAUGGAACCUCUUACUUUGGUUUGGGCAAAAUGUCGUGGAUAUCCAUCGUACCCUGCAAUGAUUGUGGAUCCUAAAAUGCCCCAGGAAGGAAUUCUUCACAACGGCAUUCCUAUCCCAGUGCCACCUACUGACGUCCUGGAUCUUGGCAAACGCCGACAGGAGGAAUCUGAGGAGAAGCUCUUUCUUGUGCUGUUCUUUGACACAAAGAGAACUUGGCAGUGGCUUCCACAGGACAAGCUCCAUCACAUGGGCAUUGAUGACACUGUAGACAGACUGCGUUUGAUGGAGGGCAAGAAACCCAAUGUGCGCAAGUCUGUGCACACGGCAUAUGACAGGGCCAUGACGCACCUGAGUCACGUGCAGGAGAACUCUUCCUUUAACCCCUCAAAUUUUAUAUAAAAGACUGCUAGAAGAUGGAUGUCUAAACUGACUGUAAGCUGCCAGUAAAGGUACGAUCACAUCAUUCAGAUGUUAUUGGGUUUUACAUAAGUGAAAGUCAGAAUUUUAAAGGGAAACUUCACCCAAAAACUAAAAUGUCCUUACCACUUACUCACACUCAAGCAAAUCCAAACUUUAAUGAAUUUCUUUCUUCUGUUGAACACAAAGCCAUAUAUUCAGAAGAAUGUUGGAAAAAGCAGCCCUUGACAUUCAAAACAGGAACAAAAACACUGAAAGUCAAUGGCUGUUUUUCCUAAUAUACUUCAGCAUGUCUUCAUUCGUGUUCAAGAGAAGAAAGAAACUCAAACAGGUUUGGGAGAUUAGUAAAUGAUGAGAGAAGUUUAAUUUUUGGGUGAACUAUCCCUUUAAACUCGUGUCUUAUAUGUCCUGUUUUCUACCCUCCAUUAUUCAAGGCACAUCAUAAAUUCAAACCUGGUUUUAUUAAAUGGAUAGUUUACUCAAAAAUAAACAUUUCCUGAUAAUUUACUCAAUCCCGAGGCAUUUAAGAUGUAUUUGACUUGUUUUCUUCUGCCAAACCAACCAUUUUUUCCUUCUAAUGCAUGUACACAAGGCUCAGUGUACAAUAUGUUUGACAUUCCAAAAUCCAUAUUGAGUCCACAUGACCCCAGCAAAUAAACACAGUUAUUUUCAUAAGGGAUCUAAAAAAGGAUGCACUUCUGUUUAUAUCACAUUAAUGAGAUGGUUUAGUUCACAAAGGCCAUCCAAUAAGAUCAUUAUUUGUUGGCAUGGGGUCACGUUGAAGCUGACAAAUUUCAGACCAUCAAAACAAUCAACAUCAGGGCCUGUUUGCUUACAUUGGAUGUUGAAAAAUCCUACAAAAUUAUGGUUGAAACUUCAUGUACAUCUUGGAUGGCCUGGUGAGUGUAUAAAUAGAGCACAACAGAUUCUGGUUCUAGAAACAAAAGCAUUUAUUUACCGAUAAACCCUUAAAGACAGAGCUGUUGUGAAUAUUUAAAUGCAUAUGCUAUUUUUCAACUCAUAUUCUCAUGAAUUUGACAAACAGUUGUUUUAAUAGUAGAAUCUUUAUAGAAAAACUACAUUCCACCAAUCAGUCAUGACAAACAAAGUGCACCAGAAGAAAUAUUUAGCUCUAAACACUCUUAUAAAGCACUGCAAAUGGCAUCUCUGUAGAUAUAAAAGUAUUUAUUAAAAGCUGUUAGUCGUUUGUAGAUUUUUAAUCGGAUGUAAUUCAGAGCUUGAUUAGAUUGUACACUACCCAACUAAAUUCUUGUCGUGGAUCCCAGUUGUAAGAGCAAGAAAUGAUAACUUGACUUCUAGUUGAUCAUUUGGGAAAGUGGCAGAAGGUAGAUUUUUCCAAUGAAUCAUCUGUUGAACU